AUGGCUGAGAAAGAGGCCCACGAAGCCGUCCAGCGCACCGCAUCCCACGAUGACAGCAUUCCUGCCCGAUGGGAUGGUGCAUUGCACGGCGCUCGAUUAUAUCUGGCGAUGGCAGGACUCGCUCUGCCUCUUUUUCUCACUAGUAUUGAGGUGACCAUUGUAAGCACGUCGCUGGUGACCAUUACAAACGACCUCGAAACUGCUGGUCAAAGCAAUUGGGUCAUCACCUCGUAUCUUCUUACCUACACAGGGUUUCUGAUCAUCUGGGCAAGCUUUAGUGGCAUCUUUGGAGUAAAACCAACUCUGCUGACUGCCGUGACUAUCUUUAUUGCGUUUUCAGGUGGAUGUGGUGGAGCUCAAACCCUUAGUCAACUGGUCGUCUGUCGUGCAUUUCAAGGCCUUGGUGCUGCCGGAAUCUACACCUUGACAUUAUUCUCUAUCCUCCGACUUUUUCCAUAUGAGCAAUAUGACAAAGCCAGCUCCCUCGCCGGCGGAGUCGUCUCGAUGGGCCUAGUCCUGGGACCGCUCGUAGGCGGUGCCAUCGCCAAUGACGGGAAAUGGCGCUGGGUAUUCCUGAUGAAUGUUCCGGCGGGUGUGGUUGGUUUACUAUUGUUGUACUUCGUCUUGCCGGCUCAUUUCCCCAAUCCAGCGCCGGCAGCAAACAAGCCAUCGACGUCAACUCCAAUUUGGAUCAAGAUGAAGGCGGCCUUUCAUCAAGUAGAUUCCUUAGGGGCAUUCCUCGUCCUGACGGCCUGUUCAUUCAUUAUUGCGGCACUUCAAGAGGGAAACUUCGAAUACUCGUGGAGUUCAGGGCUGGUGAUCAGUUUCCUGGUGAUCUCUGGUAUCUCUUGGCUUGCGUUCAUCGGCUGGGAGUGGUUGAUCUGUCGCCGUGAUCUCAAGAUAACUCCAAUGUUCCCGUGGAAGCUGACACGCAAUCGACUCUUCAUGGGAGUGGCACUUGGAUUCUUUACAACGGGUUUACCAAUGACCGUAUGUGUGAUCACCAUCCCGCAAAGGUUCCAGAUUGUCAACGGAAGCUCACCGGUUGGGUCGGGCGUCAAAUUGCUGUCAUUUGCGCUGAGCUGUCUGACCGGCAUUAUAGCUUGCUCUGUCUUGGCAGGCCGGCUGAAAAUGCCCUUCGCCUAUAUUGCAUUGAUUGGCCUGGUUAUACAAGUGACCGGCCUCUUCCUGUUUUCAGAGAUUGCCUCCACCACAGAGCUUUGGCUCGGACAAUUUGGGUACUUGGUAUUGGCUGGGCUGGGAACUGGCCUCGGUGUAUCCGCAUAUUACAUGGCUACGUCCCUCGUGGUGGAUAUGGAAGAUCAGUCUAGUGCAUUGGGGAUUGGCAUGCAACUCCGCAUGUUGGGUGGCGUGCUGGGAAUUGCCGCUUCAAGUGCCAUUCUCUUCCAUUAUAUACGGAGUCGUUUGUCACACGCCCUGCAGCCUGGUGAGUUGGCUGCCUUGUUGAAAACCACCGAGGCAAUCAUGACAUUCUCCCCGGAAAGCCAGUUGCUAGUUCGGGAGGUUUAUGCGACUGCGUACAGUAUGCAGAUGAAAAUGUGUGGUGCGUUUUCAGCGGCCCAGAUCUUGGCCGUGGCCAUGAUCUGGAAACGGAAAAAUGUGCGGUUCUCAAAGGGCUAG